AAAGCACUUGAUUUAAUUCACAAUAUCAGAUGGAAUCAAAUUUAACCCCAUAGCCAGAGUUACCUUGAUUGCAUCAACUUCAUGCUGCCCAUGAAUAAUCCUUAUCCUCGGGCUUUUUUAAAAAACAAUAAAAUGUGACUGCCGAUACUUUUAAUUUGAUAAUUGAAUUGCUGCAUUUAGCCCAGAGUAACUCUUGUAUGUCGACAAACGAGAACAAAAUGUUGAAACCCUCCGAAUAUUGGAGCGGAGCCACAGCUGUGGUCCAGGCCGCCUACUGCACACCGCGCAAGGAGAAGGUGGCCAUCAAGCGCAUCAACCUGGAGAAGUGCCAGACCAGUAUGGACGAACUCUUGAAAGAGAUCCAGGCCAUGAGCCAGUGCCACCACCCAAACAUCGUGUCUUACUACACCUCAUUCGUGGUGAAGGACGAGCUGUGGCUGGUCAUGAAGCUACUAAGUGGCGGGUCGGUGCUGGAUGUGAUCAAGCACAUCAUCUCACGAGGGGAGCACAAAACCGGCGUCCUGGACCAGGCCAGCAUAGCCACCGUCCUCAAAGACGUGCUCGAGGGCCUCGAGUACUUGCACAAGAACGGUCAGAUACACAGAGAUCUCAAAGCUGGAAACAUUCUUCUGGGGGAAGACGGUUCCGUGCAAAUUGCAGACUUCGGCGUGAGCGCCUUCCUCGCCACGGGCGGAGACAUGACCCGGAACAAAGUGCGCAAGACGUUUGUGGGAACGCCGUGCUGGAUGGCGCCCGAAGUCAUGGAGCAGGUCAAGGGCUACGACUUCAAAGCGGACAUCUGGAGUUUCGGGAUCACGGCCAUCGAGCUGGCCACCGGGGCGGCGCCGUACCACAAAUACCCGCCGAUGAAGGUGCUGAUGCUAACGCUGCAGAACGACCCGCCGGGCCUGGAGACCGGCGUCACCGACAAGGAGAUGGUGAAGAAGUACGGCAAGUCCUUCAGGAAAAUGAUCUCCAUGUGUCUGCAGAAGGAUCCAGAAAAAAGGCCAACGUCCUCGGAGUUGCUGAAGAAUAAAUUCUUCCAGAAAGCCAAGACCCACGAUUACCUCCUUGACAAGCUUCUUCAGCGGGCCCCCACAAUAUCCGAGCGCUCCAAAAGGGUACGUCGCGUUCCGGGUUCCAGCGGGCGUCUGCACAAGACGGAGGACGGCGAGUGGGAGUGGAGCGACGACGAGCUGGACGAGGAGAGCGAAGAAGGCAAAGCCGCCGUGGCCGCCUUGCGGUCGCCCAGAGUGAAGGAGGCGUCGCAGAACUCAGAGAUUUUCCGGACGCCGGAGCCUUCGAGCGCAGCGCCUCCCCCCGCCGCCUCCGACGAAGCGGCACUACCUCAGGCCGCCCUCGCCGCCCCUCAACCCGCGUCGGCACCCACGGGCGCCGUGACCGCCCCCGCCGCUACUGCGCCAACACCGGUCCCUCCUGCCUCGAGCAACGAGACGUCUGCCAUUAAUUUGGUCUUACGGUUAAGAAAUACAAAAAGGGAGCUAAACGACAUCCGCUUUGAGUUCAUGCCAGGCAGAGACACAGCAGACGGAGUCUCUCAGGAGCUGGUUUCAGCAGGCCUGGUGGAUGGCAGGGAUUUAGUAAUAGUUGCCGCAAAUUUGCAGAAAAUUGUUGACGAGCCUCAAACCAAUAAAAAUGUCGUAUUUAAACUGGCUUCCGGAAUCGAAGGAUCGGAAAUACCCGACGACGUCAAAUUGAUAGGCUUUGCUCAGCUCACCAUUAUUAGCUAAAGUAGCGUUUACUCCUGGGGUGGGGGGAUGGGGGGAGACCGUGACUCGCCUAAAAGAUGUGAACAUUUUGGGGAAAAAGUAUAUAAAUAGAUUAUUGCAUUUUUUUUUUUCUAUGGCUGUAAAGAAAACCACUACUGCCAAAGAAAACAGGACCCGUUCAUCAGCCGUCCGCCGCCUCGUUGAAUGAGGCGACGGGUUGAAAUAUGACAUCGGAUAGUGUGAAAAUCACUUAAAAAAAAAAAAAAAAAAUCAUAAAAAAAAAAUCGUUUACAGUGCAUUUGCUCGACGGCUGCCAGGAUUCUUCUCUUCUUUUUGCUUUCCUCCCAAAUUGGACGCAUUUGCACAAUCUCGAUUUAACAAGGCCUUACGUUCAGCGGAACUGCUGAAUGCGCUUUUUUGUUUUUGUUUGUUUUACAGUGGAUAAUCACGCACACUCAAAACGGCGCCUCUGUAUUAAAAAUAAUAAUAAUUAAUGCGUCAGUCACGAUUACACGGAAGACAAUAUUGUGACCUAUUUAUUGACUUUGUAUUAUUUGAUGAAGUGAUAUUUUGGUGUGUGUCCUUCAGCUAGCAUCCCAAAAUCAAAUUCGAUCUGAAUGAUUUUUUUCUUUUUUUUUUUUUUUUUGCACAGCGCCAGAAAUCCUUAUCGGCGUCAAUAUUAACGAUUGCCUUAAUAUUCCCGAUAACGGCCUUGCAAAAGCGACGGAAUUGGCACGACGCGAACAUUUUCGGAAAUGUCAACGUGUAACAUAUUUGUGGCCUUUUUGAUACUGUUUAUCAGCGAUUAAAUGUCAUGCGAGCGUCGCACCUAAGACGUGCAAA